AUGAAUAUUGUUUCAGCUUCCCAACGAAAAGACACCGAAGUCGACUCGAUUCUGAAAUGUCUGCAAUGUGGUCGGACAUUUCAAACGAUGGAAAUGCUGGUCAGGCACAUGCAAGACACGCAACACUUCAAUAAUCUUCCUAAAACUUAUAGUUCUCUAAUUCAAAUGGAUCGCCAAAAAGUGCUGAAUUUGAAGUUGCAGAUGAAAUCGGACGGUGUGAAAUUGGCAUGUGUCAAAUGUGGAGAGAUUCCCACAAACAUCGACAAACACCUGAAGGAAGUCCACGACGUGAAAACGAGCUCCGACUGGUUGAAGAAUAUUCGGGUCGUCAGGGAUGGAGAGAACCCGGUUUCAUCACUGCCAGCCUCAACGCAUGCGCCGGCUAAUUCACCACAUUUGAACAAAUUGAUGUCACUAAUCAAUACGGUUGACAAAAAGUGA